CGACGCCGGCGUGACGGAGGCACGCCGGGGGUGACCUCACCCUCCAACAUGGCGGCGGCGGUAGAUUAGGGCUGCGGGUCGAAGCAGCCACCGCCGCUGGGGGACCCGGUUGGAAGCAACUGCCGCCGCCGCCUCUUUCAUCUCUUCUGGGGCAGGGGCCAGGGCCAGGUUUUAUUACCCAUCUGUAAGUAGACCUCUUUGGAGCUCUGCCAGUCAAUUCAAUGGCGUCCUCUACUACUGUGCCUCUAGGAUUUCACUAUGAAACAAAGUAUGUUGUCCUCAGCUACUUGGGACUCCUCUCUCAGGAGAAGCUGCAAGAGCAACAUCUUUCCUCACCCCAAGGGGUUCAACUAGAUGUAGCUUCACAAUCUCUGGAUCAAGAAGUUGUAGUAAAAGUUAAAACUGAAAUUGAAGAAGAGCUAAAAUCCCUGGACAAAGAAAUUUCUGAAGGUCUGUUCUUAUUUUCCUACUGUACUGCUGCACAGCCAGUGACAUAUCAGGCAUUUCGGGAAUGUACAUUGGAGACCACAGUUCAUGCCAGCGGCUGGAAUAAGGUAUUAAUCAAAUUAUCUUUUCUCUUACAAGAUUUUAGUGGCACUGUCUUUAAUCUGGAGUCAGAGGAGGAGGAGUACCCUGGAGUCAUCGCAGAAGACAGCAAUGACAUUUAUAUCCUGCCCAGUGACAACUCUGCACAAGUCAGUCCUCCCGAGUCUCCGACUGUGACCACCUCCUGGCAGUCAGAGAGCCUGCCCGUCUCGCUGUCGGCGAGCCAGAGCUGGCACACAGAAAGCCUGCCCGUGUCUCUGGGUCCCGAAUCCUGGCAGCAGAUUGCAAUGGAUCCUGAAGAAGUGAAAAGCUUAGACAGCAACGGCGCCGGGGAGAAGAGUGAGAACAACUCUUCCAAUUCUGACAUCGUGCACGUGGAGAAGGAAGAAGUGCCCGAGGGCACGGAAGAGGCCGCUGUGGCUUCUGGGGUCCUGCCUGCCGGGGAGCUGCGGGGGGCGUUCCCCGAAGCCCCGGCACCCUUGCUUCCACAUGUCACUGCCACGUCCUUGCUGGAGACAGGGGGACCCGAUGCAGAAGCGAUUGCAGUCGAGAAGGCCAGCCCUGCGACCUCUUUGUUUGUGGAACUUGGUGAAGAAGAGGCGGAAGCAGCAACAGCUGAGCCUGCUGACGUGGAGGAGAAGGAGGCGACCCCUGCGCCGGAACCCGCGGAGACGCCGCUGAGCGAGGAGGAGACAGCUGGAAGGAGAGAGAGGCUCACAGAGGAGCCGUCCCCUGCUGGGAAGGCGAAGGCCAUGCCCUUGUCCGAGGGCAAGUCCGUACUGCUGUUCGGAGGGGCCGCUGCUGUCGCCAUCCUGGCAGUGGCAGUUGGGGUAGCACUGGCUCUGAGAAAGAAGUAGCAGAAGUUUUUCAGAAGAGGAGGAAGACAAAAGAAUCUGAGAUCUUAAUCGUAUUGGCUGGAAAUUGAACCGGUAGCAGCUGAUGGGACAUUUGUGGAACACUCUGGGAUAACUGGGGACUUCUCAACAAGGCAGUGGCUUGAUCACACCUUAGGGCUCGAGGUAGAGGGCGUUCACGGUUGUCUGAAUUCCAAGGGCCUUGGCUCACGCUAGAUUCGCAAUCUUGUAAGUAAAGUGCUCCCUCCAGAACAGGGUUUCUCAGCCUCGCCUUGUUGACACUUCCAUCGUUCCUUGUUGUAGGAGGCUGUCCUGUGUAUUGUAGGAUGUUCAGCGACAUCCCUGGCCUCUACCCACCCCACUCCCAGUGAUGACAGCCAGAAAUGUCUCCAGACGUUGCCAAAUGUCCCCCGCGACAGAAUCAUCCCCUACUGAGGGCCACUGCUUUUGAGGGGGAGGGUUAAUUUAGGAAAAUUGGGGAUAGAAAUUCCCAGGCAAGGGGGCUUAGCUGUGGGCCCCUCAGCUGCAGACUUGUUGGCUCUUCACCCCCCGACACUUCACCUUCCUGCGGAACAGGCUGUGCCGCAGCCACCCCCAUCCCGGAGUGCGAGGGUGCUUACCCCGCACGCCUCGGCCGCCUCUCAGGGACUGCACUGUCCUCUUCUCCCCGGGUUCCUGCUACGAGUCCCCAGGAGAGGGCUCGCUCUGUACUUCUGCUCAGACCCAUCGAGUCCCUGAAGCUCCCUGCAGCUCCACCUUGUAAAGAUGCUGCCUUUAGGAAUCUUUAAAAAAAUAAAUAUAAAGAGACCUAGGGUCCCCUGCCUGUGAGUGCAAUUACAGGUAACUCUGGUAGAGAAGCAUUUGUCUCGUUUAGAGGCAGGAUGGCGGCCUAGAUGACCUGCUGAGGUCUCCUCCAGCCCUUUUUGUCAGCAGUCACCCCACUUAGCUGUGGUUACUGCCAGCAGCAUCUCUGUUCCUGAAUGGUCACUGUCAUAGCUCUGGGCUAGGGUAAUUUUCCCAAUAUCUGACCUCAGUCUUACUACUGACCAGUUCUGUGGGUCUCUUGCCACAAGGUAAAGAUUUUCAUGCUUGGGCUUACAGAACCAGUUGGAUCAUAACUCUUUUAAAUGUAGAAGGUCUUCUAAAUAUCAUUGAAAAAAAGAACAGACUACCCUGGAGUUUCUAGUUUGGCUUUCAGAGUUCAAGAAUGGAGGCGUCUUUGCCUAAACUCUUCCUAGCCCAAAUGCCUGAGUAAUAAACCAAAACGAUCCUGAUCAGUAUAUGCUAGCUGAGGAUCAGCAUAAUUUUCUUUCAUCUGGCUGAUCGCACUUCUGAAGAAGGGAUGGAGCCGAGUCGUUCCCUGCCCGAGGCUCACGGCGUCACUGCAGGGCACACAUGCUUGAUAAAAAAAAAGUCAUCUCAGAUUUAUCUUAGUAAAUGUAACAAAUUACUUUUUAGAUCCAGAAGUUUAUAAUAAAAGUACUUUACCUACCCUGAUCACUAAAACCUGAUGUUUUAAAUGUGCUUUCUUUUUGAAAUUUAUUUUUUAAAAUAAAGUCUUCUCCCUAAAGCAACACUGUUUAAACGUUGGUCAA